GCUCACUUUCACCCGAAUGGACGACCUCGACUCGAUCCUUGCUGACCUCUCCGCUCAGGGCGGAGAAUCGACCACAGCGUCGGCGCCGGCGACAGCGUCGGCGCCGGAUGCGGCAGGCGGUGGGUCGUCGGGAUCGGCGGGCGCGGGAGGUACAGCGGGUGGUGGGGAUGAUCUGGACGCGCUGCUGAACGAUCUGGGUGUGCCCGAGAGCGAGACGCAGCGGCGGCCAAAGCGGGCGUCGGUGCGGAUUGUGGCCAAUCCGUCGCUGUCAGCCGAAACGGCAGCAGUGCUCGAUGCGGUCGACUCGUCGGACGUGACGGCGGGCAAUCCGGUGUGCGCCGGGUGCCAGAUGAACAUCUUUGGCUCGGUCCUCGAGGCCAUGGGCUCCAAGUGGCAUGUGGAGCACUUUACCUGCACCACGUGCUCGACCCAGCUCAAGACCGAGACCUUCCUUGUCAAGGACAACCGUCCGUAUUGCGGAACGUGCCACGACCGUAUGUUCCUCGACGUCUGCGCAAAGUGCAGCAUGAAGAUCACCGAUGCGCCCAUCAAGGCGCUCAACAAGCCGUGGCACGCAGCCUGCUUUGCCUGCGCCGACUGUGCCACAGUCUUUGCCGAUGGCGACGGCUCGUUUGUGGAGCAGGACGGCGUGGCGUACUGCGACAACUGCUUCUCUGCCCGCUUUGGCCAGCGGUGCUCAAAGUGCGGCGGCGUCAUCACCGAAAACGCCAUCGACGCCGGCGACGGAAACCUGUACCACACCGAGUGCUUCAAGUGCAGCUCGUGCGACGUCUCCAUCAACGCCACAGGCUCGACUUCGUUCUUCCAGGUCGACGGUAACCUGUUCUGCAAGGACCACGUUCCGUCCGGCGCCGUCACCUCGGUCAUCUGCGACGGCUGCGGGCAAAAGGUGCUCGGCGACGCCGCCCUCGCCGGCGACAAGACCUACCACCCAUCGUGCCUCAACUGCGACGUCUGCGGUUCGGGCCUUGUCGGGACUAAGUUUUACAUGCGCGACGAGUCGCGUGUCUGUGCCAGCUGCGCCGAGUAGCUCCACCGACCUCCCACAUCGUCAUCGAGGUAAACGCGCUUCUCUCAAAGGAAUGAGAA